AUUCGAUGUCUAGUUCCUUCCUCGCAAAGCAGAUGAAAAUUUAAUAAUAUUUUUUUUGUGUAAAGUGCGCUAGAUAUAUCAGUAAAAAUCAUUUACGUUAAGUCAUAAUGAGUGCAGCUCCUCAAACACCUGCCGUACUUCCUCUAAAGAAAGGCAUUGUUAAGCAAGUUCUUUCGGGUGAUUCUGUUAUCAUUCGAGGACAGCCAAAAAAUGGACCACCUGCGGAAAAGCAAAUCAAUUUUAGCAAUGUCAUAGCCCCAAAGUUGGCAAGACGUCCAACAAAUCCUGCUGAUGAUUCCUCUAAAGAUGAGCCUUGGGCUUGGGAAUCUCGAGAAUUUUUACGUCGUUUACUCGUUGGCGAAGAAGUUUUCUUCCAAGCUGAACGUAAACCUAAUGCAACCCGCGAUUAUGGUGUCGUUUUCCUCGGAAAGGAUCCAAACAAUCUUUCGAACGUCACUGAAUUGGCGGUAAGCGAAGGUUUACUUCAAGUUCGUCGUGAAGGUGUCAGGAGCACACCCGAACUUCAAAAAUUGAUUGAACUUGAGGAGCAAGCAAAAGCGCAAGGAAAAGGUCGCUUCAGCUCUCAAACGCCAACUCAACGUAGUAUCGUUUGGUCAAUAGAAAACCCCCGCCACUUCGUCGAUCUUCAAAGUGGAAAGCCAAUUCGCGCAAUUAUCGAACAUGUCCGCGAUGGUUCCACUGUUCGUGCAUUCCUUCUGCCGGGCUUCCAAUACGUCACUCUAAUGAUCAGUGGCAUCCGCUGUCCUGGCUUCAAACUUGACACCGAAGGCAAACCAGAUCCAUCGGUUAUCGUUCCCUAUUCCGAAGAAGCCCGUUUUUUUGUCGAGUCGCGUCUUUUGCAACGAGACGUUGAAAUCAUCCUAGAGUCGGUGAACAAUUCAAACUUCGUCGGAACAAUUCUUUAUCCCAAGGGAAACAUCGCUGAAGCUCUGCUACGUGAAGGUUUUGCAAAAUGUGUUGACUGGAGUAUGGCAUUUAUGAAAAGCGGUGUUGAUAAGCUUCGUGCUGCUGAACGUCAUGCGAAGACCAAUCGUGUUCGUUUAUGGAAAGAUUACCAGCCACCAACAGCAAUUUAUAGUGGAAAGGAAAAAGAUUUCACUGGAACUGUUUUCGAAAUUAUCAGCGCUGAUGCAAUUUCGGUGAAGACAUCGAAUGGACAAGCAAAGAAAGUGUUCUUAUCAAGUAUUCGUGCACCGAGAGAAACUGGAAAACCUGCUGAAGAUGACAAGCCAAUACCACCAAAACCCAAGAACUUCAAGCCACUUUAUGAGAUCCCGUGGCUGUUUGAAGCUCGUGAAUUCCUGCGAAAGAAGUUAGUCGGUAAGACUGUCAAGUGUCAAUUAGAUUAUGUGUCGCCAGUUCGUGACAAUUUCCCUGAGAAGUUUUGCUAUACGGUGACGGUAAGUGGAACAAAUGUCGCUGAAGCUCUGGUUAGCAAAGGCUUGGCAACACUCAUUCGUCAUCGGCAAGACGAUGAUCAACGUUCUUCGAAAUACGAUGAUCUGUUAGCUGCCGAAGCACAAGCUAUCAAACAACAAAAGGGCAUUCAUGCUAAGAAAGAUAUUCCAUCGCAUCGCAUUAAUGACUUAACCAUCGCUCCAGACUCUUCCCGCAUUAAACAUCAAUAUUUGCCAUCGUGGCAACGCGCAUUACGAACUGAAGCGAUUGUUGAGUUUGUUGCAAGUGGCUCACGAUUCCGUUUAUUCAUUCCGAAAGAAUCGUGUCUUGUGACAUUCCUUCUUGCUGGAAUCACAUGCCCGCGUACAUCUCGUCCAACAACGGACAAGCAGAAAGGAACUGAGGCUGAGCCAUUUGGCGAUGAAGCAUUUAAUUUCGUGAAGGAACGAAUUUUGCAACGUGACAUAAGCGUUCAUAUGGAUACAACUGAUAAAAGCGGUUCAGCUGUUAUUGGAUGGAUGUGGUUGGAGAACAACGUUAACUUAUCUGUUUUGCUUGUUGAAGAAGGCUAUGCAGCUGUUCAUUUCACUGCCGAAAAGUCUGAAUAUUAUCGUGCAUUAAAAGCUGCCGAAGAUCAAGCAAAGGCUACGAAAAAGAAUCGUUGGGCUGAUUGGGUUGAACCAGAUCCAGCAGCUGAAGAAUUGAAGAAUAAUGAAGGUGGUGAAAGUGAAUUGAUUGAGAAAGACGAGAAGGCACCAGUGGAACGUAAAACGAAAAUGGAAAAUAUUGUUGUCACGGAAGUUACACCAGAACUUCAUUUCUUUGCACAGCACACUGAAAGUGGACCUAAAUUGGAGCAGCUUAUGACGAAAUUACGUCAAGACUUUAAAGCAUCACCGCCACUUACUGGAAGUUAUAAUCCAAGAAAAGGUGAAUUGUGUGCUGCAAAAUUCUCAGAAGACGAGGAAUGGUAUCGUGCAAAGAUCGAGAAUAUUUCUGGUGGUAAAGCAACGAUCAGAUACAUUGAUUAUGGAAAUUCUGAGAUUGUGCCAACACCUCGCCUUGCUAUUCUUCCACCCGCCUUUACAAAAGAUAGUGCUUAUGCGACUGAAUAUGCACUCGCUUGGGCCGUCCUGCCAAUUGAUGAAGAAGACAAACAAGAAGCUUAUAAAACCUUCGCCCAAGAUGUUCUCAAUAAGACGCUUCAACUUAAUGUGGAAUUUACGAACAACGGCUUGCAAAAUGCCACUUUACAUGAUCCUUCAACGAAAACUGACAUCGGACGAGCACUGAUUCAAGAUGGUUUCAUUAUGGUUGAAAAACGUCCAGGACGACGAUUUGCUAAAUUUGUCAACGAAUACAAGGACAUUGAGCAACAAGCAAGAAAGAACCAUAUCGGCAUAUGGAAAUAUGGAGAUAUUUCCGAAGAUAAUGCCGUUGAGUUUGGUUAAACACUUUCAUUCAACAAGAUCGCUAUUUCAGGUUCGCCACUUUACAUCUUUAUAUUUUCUUAAUAAAUAAAUAUUGAAAUCAAACGAGAAGACAUUGAGAACUCAUCUAAUUCCUCAAAUGUCGAGGCUUUUUGAACAAUCGUACUUUGGAUUACAGAAACAAAAUUAAAUUCGCUCCAGAACCCGGGUAACCAUAAACAACCCGUCAUGAAAAAAGAAAGUUGUGGGCUUGUGUCACCAGUUAUAAUAUUUUUUUUUGAAUUCAUCAUUAAUUUUUUUUUUCUUAUGAUACCCAUUAAUAAAGUAAUGAAAAUAAACUGAUCAUUUAUAUAGAUUUUUGAAAUUGGAAGAAUUAAAAGGAAA